GUUGUUUAAAACUCAAAUCCAGGUUCUCUCUUCCUCACUCUCCAGUCAGGCAGUGUUUCUUUCUCUACUCCAAACUUUCUGACACUGAGAAAUGGCUACAGCUGGAAAGGUCAUCAAGUGCAAGGCAGCAGUGGCCUGGGAGCCCAACAAGCCUUUGGUGAUGGAGGAGAUUGAAGUAGCUCCGCCCAAGGCCAACGAGGUCCGCAUCAAGAUUGUGGCAACAGGUGUGUGCCACACCGACCUGUACCAUCUGUUUGAGAGUAUGCAUAAAGAUGGCUUCCCAGCAGUCCUCGGCCAUGAGGGAGCCGGCAUCGUAGAGAGUGUCGGGCCUGGAGUCACUGAAUUUAAAACAGGAGACAAGGUCAUUCCUCUGUUCAUCUCCCAGUGCAGAGAAUGUCGCUUCUGUAAGAGUCCCAAAACCAACCAGUGUGAGAAAGGAUGGGCUGCUGAUCGUUAUGAUGUGAUGUCAGUCGAAGACUCCAGGUUUACCUGCAAGGGCAAGAAGGUGCUGCAGUUUAUGGGGACCAGCACUUUCUCUGAGUACACUGUGGUUAACCAGAUGGCUGUGGCUAAGAUCGACCCUGCUGCCCCUCUGGACAAAGUCUGUCUCCUUGGCUGUGGAAUAUCUACAGGAUAUGGAGCAGCAGUUAAUACUGCUAAGGUGGAACCAGGCUCUACAUGUGCUGUGUUCGGCCUGGGAGCCGUGGGUUUGGCUGCAGUUAUGGGAUGCAAGGCUGCAGGAGCCAAGAGGAUCAUCGCUGUUGACAUCAAUCCAGAGAAGGCUGAGAAGGCCAAGGUGUUCGGGGCGACCGACUUUGUGAACCCCAAGGAUCACAGUAAACCCAUCAGCCAAGUUCUGUUUGAGAUGACUGACGGAGGAGUGGACUUCUCCCUGGAAUGUGUCGGGAAUGUUGGAGUCAUGCGCAAUGCUUUGGAGUCUUGUGUGAAAGGUUGGGGUGUCAGCGUUCUGGUUGGCUGGACAGACUUGUACGACGUUGCUGCCCGACCCAUUCAGCUCAUCGCUGGACGCACAUGGAAGGGUUCUCUGUUUGGAGGAUUUAAGAGUAAGGAUGGCGUGCCUCAGAUGGUCAAAGGCUACCUGGACAAGAAGGUGAAGCUGGAUGAGUUCAUCACCCACAACAUGACCCUGGCCCAGGUCAAUGAUGCCAUUGAACUGAUGAAGCAAGGCAAAUGCAUCCGGACAGUCCUGAGUGUCUCUCCACAAUAAGAAAACUAUGUUGCUUUCACUAAAUGUACACACAAAUCAUGUAAUGACCUGCAGCCCAAAAAACUAUAAUCAAAUCACUACUUGAGAUUGAAUAAAAAUCAUAUUAUUGACAUUUA